AUGGAUAUAACCCAAGAAACGAUUCUGUCUGUGCUAAUAGAAAAUAAUGGGAGGGUGAAGAAUUCAGAUAUUCUGAAUAAGUUCAAAGAUUCCUUGAAUUGUAGUGAUCCGGUUGAGAAGAAACAAAACCGCGGACUCUUUAAGACGUUCGUGAACAAUGUCGCUGUUGUUAAAGAGAUCGACGACGUCAAGUAUAUUGUAAUUAAGAAGAGGUAUCAGCACAUGCUGAAAGACAAUCAAGACAAUGACACAGAAAUAAAGGAACAGGUUUCAGAGCCAAGACCUGAAACGUAUGCACCAGAAGAAGGAACAGGACACAACAAACAACUUCAGGAUGUAGAAGGAGACAAUUCAACUUCAACACAACUUCAAGAUGUAGAAGGUGAGAAUUCUGAGCUUCACAAGUUAAGUGAACCUGUGUCUUCUACCAAACAGAGAGAUUCAGUGGUAGAACAGGCAUUAGAAAGAAGCAAAUCAGUAGACUUUAAACCAAAAAGAGCUCUCAACUUCACCUUCAUUGAAAAGUUGAAUGAUAACUCAAAUGCUCAGGGAGGUGCUGUAUUUCCUGGAAAGACAGGGACUUCCACAUACAAACCAUUUGCGUUACCUUUAAGAAUGGCCCCAUCUGAGAGCAAUUUUCACCCUUGUAACACUAAAUCUGCCAAGGACCAGUUUGGGACCAUAGGGAAACACACAGAUGUUCACAGUUCCCCUAAAUGCAAACGCAGGCCUGUGGAGAGCGGUAUGUCUGGUUCACCACAACUAAGGAGACACUGCAAGAACACCAAGCCCGCUGAAGAGCCUAGAUUCACGGACACGGUCCCCCUGGAGCCUGCAGAGCACGAGUGGAUGGUCAAAUCAGCAGCAGGUCACUGGAGCCAAGUCUAUGGCCUUUUGUUGCAGGACGCCCAACUGUCCGAAAAGAGAGAUUUCAUAUCGGGUUUUACAGCCCUUCACUGGGCAGCAAAAUGCGGCAACAGUGACAUGAUCUACAAAAUCAUCGACGUGUCCAGGGAGAACGGCAAAGAUGUGGACGUCAACGCCAAGACGUUUUGUGGGUACACUCCGUUGCACAUUGCAGCGCUACACGAUCAGGAGUAUGUGAUGAUCCUUUUGGUGCGAGAUUUCGGAGCUGACAGUACUAUCAGAGACAACAGUGGCAAGAGGGCCUACCACUACCUCCACAAAGCGGUGUCUGCAGAGGUGAGGGAACUUCUGGGGCAGCCGAGGUUAAUCCAGCACCAUCAUCAGAUGGACGUUCCUCAGGACAGGGAUGAAAUGGAGCAUCUCAAACACUCUAAUACCAUCAGCAGGCUCUUCCAAGGCCACCCACACCCAGGGCAUAAGAAAAAACACAAGCACAGGAGUGCCUUCCUGUCUCUGGCUGAAGAGUCUGAGAAAGACGAUCCAACGUCAAUCCAAAAACUCUUUUCUGAUGUGUUUACCUAA